GAUGGAGAAAAAAAUUCUCGAGUAUUUGCAACUGAGCGAUGAGGUUAACGACUGCGGUGAGGCAGAGCGACUGGAAGAGGAGUUCUCACGGGAAGGAAGAAGCUUCUACGAGGUUUUUAGUCUCAGAGGAAUCCGAGUCAGCCGGGUCGACCUGGGUUUCAUUUCCUGCUCUUUCAAGGUCCCCCUUCGUUUGACGGAUAGAGACAGGAAUCUAGCUAAUGGUGCGAUUGCGAAUCUUGUGGAUGAAGUUGGUGGAGCGCUUGUACAAAUCGAAGGCUUAUUACCUCCUUGUGUUUCUGUGGACAUGUCUAUUGAAUUCCUUUCUACAGCUAAGCUCGGUGAGGAGUUGGAGGUAACGUCGAGAUUGUUAGGCGAGAGAGGACGUUAUAAAGGAACACUUGUUGUAGUGAGAAACAAGAGGACCGGAGAGGUUAUAGCAGAAGGUCGUCAUUCUUUGUUUGGCAGGCAAGCUAGUAAGUUAUGA